AUGUCUGAGGGGACGAUAGUGAAGGAAGGAUGGCUUCAUAAACGAGGAGAGUACAUAAAAACAUGGCGCCCAAGGUUCUUCCUCCUAAAAAGCGACGGUACCUUCAUCGGUUACAAGGAGCGACCACAGGGUGUAGAUCAAUUAGUGACCCCCCUAAACAACUUCUCUGUUGCCCAAUGUCAGGUAAUGAAGACAGAGCGACCGAAGGCCAACUCCUUCAUGAUUCGCUGUCUCCAGUGGACCACAGUCAUAGAAAGGACCUUCUACGUGGACACACCUGAGGAGAGGGAGGACUGGCUGGGCUCCAUCCAGGGGGUGGCGGCCAAAUUGCAGAGAUCAGAGGAGCAGGAGGAGGCAGAGGAGGACCGGAGCGAGCCUCACCUCAACCACCCCAGAGACAAAGUGUCCAUGCUGGACUUUGAGUACCUGCGCCUGCUGGGGAGGGGGUCGUUCGGGAAGGUGAUCCUGGUGAAGGAGACGUCCACGGGGAGGUACUACGCCAUGAAGAUCCUCCGCAAGGAGGUCAUCGUCACCAAGGAUGAAGUGGCUCACACACUGACGGAGAACAGAGUGCUGCAGACGUCCCGACACCCCUUCCUCACCGUGUUGCGGUACUCCUUCCAGACCCACGACAGGCUGUGUUUCGUCAUGGAGUACGCCAACGGAGGGGAGCUUUUUUUCCAUCUCUCGAGGGAGCGCGUGUUCUCGGAGGAAAGAGCUCGUUUCUACGGAGCAGAGAUCGUCUCUGCUCUCGACUACCUGCACUCUGUCAAAAAUGUUGUCUACAGAGACCUAAAGCUGGAGAACCUGUUGCUGGAUAGAGAAGGCCAUGUUAAGAUCACUGACUUCGGCCUUUGUAAGGAGGGCGUCACAGACGACGUCCCCAUGACUACCUUCUGCGGAACCCCUGAAUACCUAGCGCCAGAGGUGUUGGAGGACAGUGACUACGGCCGGGCGGUGGACUGGUGGGGUCUGGGCGUGGUGAUGUAUGAGAUGAUGUGCGGCCGGCUGCCGUUCUACAGCCACGACCACGAGGCGCUGUUCUCCCUUAUCCUGACCGAGGAGGUCCGCCUCCCCUCCACGCUGAGCCAGGCCGCCCGCCGCCUCCUGGCCGGCCUGCUGAGGAAGGACCCCAAGGCCCGGCUGGGCGGUGGUCCCGGGGACGCCAAGGAGGUCAUGAAGCACCAGUUCUUCACGGGGGUCCGGUGGGAGGAGGUUUUUCUCAAGAAGCUGACUCCGCCCUUCAAGCCCCAGGUGACCUCAGAGAUGGACACACGCUAUUUUGACAUGGAGUUUACCGGUCAGGCCAUAACCAUCACCCCACCCGGACACGACCGAGUGCUGGAGACGUUGGAUGGCGAUGACGGGCCCAGCUUCCCCCACUUCUCCUACACGGCCAGUGGGACGUCCUAGCGCGACAGGCUGCCGUCACGAACGUGAUGACAUCACGUGUCUGCGAGGUGAUGACAUCACAUAUCUGUGCCAAGACAUGAUUUUGUUCUCAUCGUAGUGUGGUCCUCCUGUACGUGUGGCGUGGUUUAGGCAGACAGUUUGAUAUUGGUAAUAAAAUGUUUUUCAUACUCAAAUCAAGGUGGUUUCAUGAUU